CAGCAGAAACUGCAGCAGCAGAAACUGCAGCAGCAGAAACUGCAGCAGCAGAAACUGCAGCAGCCGAAACUGCAGCAGCAGAAACUGCAGCAGCGCAAACUGCAACAGCAGCGGAAACUGCAGCAGCAGAAACUGCAGCAGCAGAAACUGCAGCAGCAGAAACUGCAGCAGCGGCGGAAACUGCAGCAGCAGAAACUGCAGCGGCAGCAGAAACUGAAGCAGCAGCAGAAACUGCAGCGGCAGCAGAAACUGCAGCAGCAGCAGAAACUGCAGCAGCAGCAACUGCAGGAGCAGCAGAAACUGCAGCAGCAGAAACUGCGACAGCAGCUACUGCACCAGCAGAAACUGCAGCAGCGCAAACUGCAGCAGCAGAAACUGCAGCAGCGCAAACUGCAGCAGCAGAAACUGCAACAACGGGAACAGCAACUGCAGCAGCGGAAAGUGCAAUAGAAGGCGCAGCAGCUGAGACUGCAGCAGCCGAAGCUGCAGCAGCGAAAACUGCGGCAGCAGGAAACGCAGCAACAGAAAACGCAGCAGCAGCGAAAACUGCAGCAGCAGCAGAAAGCGCAGCAUCAGGAACUGCAGCAGCAGCGGCAUCUGCAGCAGCAGCAGCAAAUACUGCGGCAACGCCUGGUGAGACACCGCAAGCUGCUGCCUCACCAAGAGAGCAGCAGGAAGAGCAGCCUCUGCUGCAGCCUCAGCUGCAGCAAGAACAGCAGCAGCAGAAGCAACAAGCGCCGCCACAGAAGCCGCAACAAAAUGAGCAGCAGCAGCAGCAGCAGAAGCUGCCUCACGAACAGGAAGCGGCUGAACAGGGCGAGCAGCAGCAGCAGCAACAGCAGCAGCAGCAGCAGCAGAAGCAGCAACAGGAACAUGAGGCGGGCUCAACAAAAUCUCAAGAAGAACAGCAGCAGCAACAGCAGCAGAAGGUGCAGCAGCAACGACAGAAGAGGGAGCAGCAGCAGCUGAAGCAGCAACAGGAACAAGAGCAACGGCGACAGGACCAGCAGCAGCAGCAGCAGCAGCAGCAGCAGCAGAAGGCGCCGCAGGCACAGGAGAUGUCUCCACACGACGAGCAACAGCAGCAACAGCAACAGCAGAAGAAGCAGCAGAAGCCGCUACAGGACCAAGACGAGCAGCAGCAGCAACAGCAGCAGCAGCAGAAGCAGCAGCAGCAGAAACCGCCCCAGGAGCAGAAUGCGCCACAACAAGGCGAACAGCAGCAGCAGCAACAGCGGCAGCAGCAGAAACAGCAACAUCAAAAGCAGCAGCAGAAGCAGCAGCAAAAGCAGCAGCAGCAGAAGCAGCAGCAGCAGCAACACGAGCCUGCCAGGCAAAACCGCGAGCAGCAAAAGGAAGCAAAGCAGCAAAAGACUGCUGCAGAGGCAUCUUCUGGAGCUGCUAGAACACAUGAGGCUGCAGAUGGCGUUGACGCGGCUGCUGCUGCUGCUGCUGCUGCUGACAUACAGCAGCAGCAGCAAGUGCAGCAGCAGCAGCGACAGCAGCAGCGGAAGCGGCGAGACACUGGGGAGGCCAGAGGCAGCAGCAGCAGCAGCAGUAGCAGCAGCAGCAGCAGCAGCACCGUCGCACCCACGAAGCCGGCGGACAGCAAAAGGCCAGGAGCAGCAGCAGCAGCAGCAGCAGCAGCACCAGAACCAACAGUAGCAGCAGCAGCUUAUAGAGCAACAACAGCAGCAAACAAGGUGUAUACGCUGCAGGAUAUGAUGCGGUUUGCGGUCAAGAGUAAGAGGCCCUAUCACUCCGAUGGAUCUGCAAACGGCAGCAGCAGCAGCAGCAGCAGCAGCAGCAGCAGCAGCUCGGCAGAGGGCUUUAAUAAAGCUGCAGACUCACCGGCAACAGAAGCAGCAGAGACAGAAGCAGAAAAAUCGAUAGAAGCAGCAGCAGCAGGAACAAGUGCAAGAGCAGCUACUGCGGAGGAGAGGGCCCCGCGCUCUGCUGCUGCUGCUGCUGCUGCUGCUGCUAGAGGCAAGGAAGCCAAAGGAAGUGAUGGGCCGUUUUCAUUUGCUGCAGCAGCAUAUGCAGCAAGAGAAGAGCACUUCCGCUCCUGCUUCUGCGAGCCAGGCUUUCGUUUGAUGCCGCGGCCAGCAGCAACGGGAGAUGGAGCAGCAGCAACAACAGCAGCAGCAACAACAACAGCAGCAACAGCAACAGCAGCACCACCACCACCAGCAGCUCAAUGCCAGACGCCCUCUGGGGGCAUUUGGAAGCCUCGUCAGCCGCUAGCAAACCCAACAGGUCGACAGGCAACAGCAGCAGCAGCACCAACAUCAACAGGAGCAGCACCAGCAGCACCAGCAGCAGCAGAAGAGCAGACGCCGCAACAGCCAAGACGAAAGCAGCAGCGUCCAACGAGACCUCCGUUUGCUGCUGCUGCUGCGCUGCAGUUAGUUUAA